AUGCCGUCCAGCUCACAUGCCGACAAAUCGAGGCAAACAUCGGCUGGAAAAUCGUUUUUCGGAAGGAAGUUGUACAAAGAGAAACCUGCGGAGGAUCGAUAUGAUACUUACGGGGGUUCCUACGACAACCUGGCUCCCCCGGGGAGUGCUGCUGGCUCACGCUCAUCCCGCUAUUCGAAGCGGUCUUCAAUCCAAUCGGUCGACAUGACCCAUGACUUAGACCCAAGUAGCCUCGCUCCCACCGCCGGUGUUAUUACGUCCAUCCCCUUCGAAAGCCUUCCCUCCGACACUCGCACACCCAUCCCAAUCGACAGCAUGUCCCGCCCGGAUUCCUCGCGCCAUGAACCCUCGCCCAACCACUUGGGCAAAGCUGGGGCGGAUUUCCAUCAAUAUCCUACCUGGACCUCGACAUCUGCGCCGAAUGGUUCACCCUCACAUCCCUCUGGCCCGCGUCCUCCCCCGCAUGCUUCAAACACGACCAUGUCAAGUAGCCAGUCGGGCGACCGAGGCGCCAGAUAUCAACAAUGGGGACGGCCAGGUAGUUCAGCAGCGAACACGGGUCCCAGCCAUAACUCCUCCUCGAUCGAUUCGUCCUCCAACUCCCGCACCUCCCUCGAUCAAACAAGCCUUUAUUCCUCCGUUUCGUCUAAUGCGCGGGGUUCGAACUACUUCGCGUCGGACGGUUCUUCCCGCACCCUCACACCCUCGCAUUCAAGUGAUCGCAAUAUUGGAUUCCCUCCAAGUUCUAGCUCUGGCCGCUUGUCAAAUGCGCCCUCGACCCACCAGAUUUCGCAACCUAUACCGGCCGCUGUACCCCGGCCACAGGAUAACUAUCUCACUCGACCGAGAGAUGACCGGAUUGUGGAUCAGCUGUUUCUGGAGUUGAUGCAGAAGAGAGGUUGGCAGAAUCUUCCUGAGCAGGCGAAACGGCAGAUGUUGUCAUACCCCGCUUCAAAGAAAUGGACGCUGGUACACCAGGAUCGUCUUACCGAGCUACAAGGCGAGCAGAAGAGACGGCAGAAUGCCCGACAAACCCAUGGCCAUGAUGGUCUGUCUGGUUUGCUUGAGCGUGCUGAUGAGGAGGGUAGUCCGGAGUGGUAUGUGAAGAAGGUUAUGGAUGAUACUAUUACCUCCAAGCAGCUUGCCAGUUUGAGCGUCAGCUUGCGGACACAACCCAUCAGCUGGGUGAAAGCCUUUGUUGAAGCUCAGGGUCAAGUUGCCCUGACCAAUGUCCUUUUGAAGAUCAACCGCAGGAAAGCAUCUGGUCCUGUGCCAGCGCCACCAACCGGAGACAAGGAUCUUGACCGCGAAUAUGAUAUUGCCAAAUGUUUGAAAGGUCUGAUGAACAACAAAUAUGGUGCAGACGAUGCCCUAGAACACCAAAAUGUCUUGGUUGCCCUUGUCAGCUCGCUAUCAUCCCCCCGUCUGAAUACUAGGAAACUCGUCAGUGAAGUCCUUACCUUCCUCUGUCACUGGGGCGAUGGCCAAGGCCACCAAAAGGUCCUCCAAUCCAUGGACAAGGUCAAAAAUGACCACAAUGAAACUGGCCGCUUUGACGCCUGGAUGCGUAUCGUCGAGGUCACCAUCGAUGGCCGUGGAAAGAUGGGCAGUCUGGUCGGUGCCAGCGAAGAGUACCGCAGCGGUGGUAUCGGGAUGGAGAACCUACUCAUGGAAUACGCCGUCUCAACCAUGAUCCUGAUCAACAUGUUGGUCGAUGGGGCCGAAACCGAUCUGCAGCUACGAUGCCAUAUCCGCGCCCAGUUCACAUCAUGUGGAAUCAAGCGUCUGUUGACGAAGAUGGAGGGAUUCCAAUACGAGGUCAUCGACAAGCAGAUCGAACGGUUCCACGAGAACGAAGCCAUCGACUAUGAGGAUCUCCUCCAGCGCGAGAAUAGCAGCGUUAAGGAUAGCAUCGAGGGCGAAGUCAAGGAUAUGAGCGAUCCGAUGCAAAUUGUUGAUGCUAUUUCGUCCAAGAUUAAUGGCAGUCGGUCUCACGACUACUUCCUGUCGGCUAUGCAGCAUAUGCUUCUGAUCCGGGAGAACUCCGGCGAGGAAGGGUUGCGUAUGUUCCAGCUGGUAGACGCCAUGCUGAGCUACGUUGCUAUGGACCGAAGGCUUCCUGACCUUGACCUACGGCAAGGGUUGACCUUCACCGUGCAGAGCCUGUUAGAUCGACUGCAUACCGAUGCCGAGGCGAGACGGGUGUACGAUGAGUCUCUCGAGGCCCGGCAGAUUGCCGAGGCUGCUAUCGCCGAGCGCGAUGAGAUGAGAGCCCAGGUUGAGCUUGGUGCAGAAGGCUUGGUCAAGAAGCUACAGAAGCAGAUUGAAGAGCAGGCUGGCAUCAUCGAGCUGCAACAACGGCAGAACGAAUCAUUCAAGGCGGAGGUUGCAGAAGUACAACGGUUGCGUGCGCAGGAAUUGCAGCGCAAUGAGCUGGAAACUAGAGAAUUAUACCUCAUGCUUCGAGACGCUCAGGAUAUCGCCGCGUCCAAUGCUCGCAAGGCUGCCAACCCCGAGGCGGAGGCUGAUCCUUCCCAGAUGCCCGGCAUCAUGGAUCGGGAACGACUCAUGGAACGUCUGGAGCGUCAGCUCGAGCGGACCAAGACUCAAUUCAAGCUGGAGGGCAAGGUCUGGGGCCAGCAUGGACCUUCGGAUCGCUUACGUGAACUGCGUGAGAAGAUGGAUGGCGAGGGUGAGGACAGCGAUGAAUUCGCUGAAACUACUCGGCGCAACCUGGACCCUGGUUCUCUGGGUUCUGUCUAUCGCAAGCGCAGCCACGUCCCUGAGAUGGGUGCUCUUGAAAGUGGAGAGGAGAUCUUGGACAACAAUGGCCAGCCAAUUGAUAGGGCUCGUCUUGAUAAUCUAUACCGUCACCGUCUGAACCCUGCCCAAGCUACUGGUUUGCUAGGAGAGCUUGCGUCCAAGGUUUCUAAGUUCGAUGCUGAAGAUGCUGAUGCUACCCCGACUGCACCUGAUGCCGCUGAAGGGGAGCAGCUAUCUGAGAAGGCUCCUGUGGCGGCUCUGCCCCCUCCCCCGCCUCCUGGGGGCAAAAUGGUCCCUCCACCACCUCCUCCCCCUGGGGGCACGACUGUUCCUCCUCCCCCUACAGGUGGCCAGAUGGUCCCUCCACCACCUCCGCCUCCGGGUGGAGCAGCUGGACUGCCUCCUCCCCCGCCGCCUGGUGGAAAGAUUGGACUGCCCCCUCCGCCUCCUCCGGGUGGUGCCAAGGGUGUUCCUGGACUUCCACCACCACCUCCACCUCCCGGUGGAAAGGUUGGGGCACUACCUCCCCCGCCGCCUCCUCCAGGUGGUGGUGGAAUGGCCCCUCCCCCUCCACCGAUUCCUGGGGCCAAGGGUCUCAUGCCUCCCCCGCCUCCACCGCCCAACGCUCCCUUGGGCUCUGGCUGGCGACCAGCAUACAUGGUUGGAGAUGUUUCGCCUGGUACCACCCUCAUGCCUUCUAUCCGGCCUAAGAAGAAGCUCAAGGCUCUGCAUUGGGACAAGGUUGAUACUCCCCAAGUGACUGUUUGGGCCGCCCACGCACCCACCGCCGAACAGAAGGAAGAAAAGUACACCGAGCUCGCCAAGAAGGGUGUAUUGGACGAAGUCGAACGGUUGUUCAUGGCGAAGGAGACCAAAAUCUUCGGAGCUAGCACCGCCGCAAAGCAGCGCAAAGACAAGAAACAGAUCAUCUCGAACGAUCUAUCCAAGAACUUCCAGAUUGCUUUGGCUAAAUUCUCCCAAUACCCCGCCGAAGAGGUAACCCGCAUGAUUAUCCACUGUGACAAGGACAUCCUCGACAACAUGGUCGUCAUGGACUUCUUGCAGCGAGAUGAGAUGUGCAAUAUACCCGAGAACGUCGCUAAGCUCAUGGCACCAUAUAGCAUGGACUGGACCGGCCCUGGCGCAGCCAGCUCUGACCGCGAACAGGAUCCCAGUGAGAUCACCCGCGAAGACCAAAUCUAUCUCUACACUGCGUUCGAGCUGAACCACUACUGGAAAGCGAGAAACAGAGCGCUCGCUCUGACGCGCUCCUAUGAACCGGAGUACGAACAUCUCUCCAGCAAAUUGCAGGAGGUCGCACGAGUCAGCGAGUCAUUGCGUGAUUCCGUGUCUUUGAUGAACGUCCUCGGUCUGAUCCUGGAUAUUGGUAACUUCAUGAAUGACGCCAAUAAACAGGCCCAGGGUUUCAAGCUGAGUUCCCUUGCUCGACUGGGCAUGGUCAAGGACGACAAGAAUGAGACUACCUUUGCUGAUCUGGUUGAGCGCAUCGUUCGGAAUCAGUACCCUGAGUGGGAAGGGUUCCUCGACGAGAUCAGUGGCGUCAUUGGUCUGCAGAAGAUCAAUGUUGAUCAACUUCGUACUGAUGCUAACAAGUACAUCAGCAAUAUCAAGAACGUGCAGGCCAGUCUGGAUGCUGGUAACCUGAGUGACCCGAAGAGAUUCCAUCCCGAGGAUCGCGUCAGUCAGGUUGUUCAGCGGUCUAUGAAGGAUGCUCGGCGCAAGGCUGAACAGCUGCAACUCUACCUUGAUGAGAUGGUCAAGACGUAUGAUGAUAUUAUGGUCUUCUACGGUGAAGACAAUGCGGAUGAGAAUGCUAGACGUGACUUCUUUGCCAAGUUGAGCGCGUUCUUGGUCGAGUGGAAGAAAUCCCGAGAGAAGAAUACAUCCUUGGAAGAAUCAAGGAAACGCACAGAAGCAUCUCUCGCUCGCAAGCGCAUCAACGUCAAUCUUGCCAACAGUGGUGCGCCUGUGGAGACAGCCAAUUCACCCGCUACAAGUGGCGCCAUGGACUCAUUGCUUGAGAAGCUACGUGCCGCAGCACCCCAAGCAAAGGAUCAACGAGACCGUCGCCGCCGUGCUCGUCUCAAGGAGCGCCAUCAGGUCCGUGUGGCCUCUGGCCAGAAACCGCCGUCUGAUAUAAAUGAUGCGGAAGAAGAAGAGAAGCCGGCUGACGGCGAAGGCCGUGUUGAUGAAAAUGGUCACCUCAGCCCUCCAAUCCCUGAAGAGGAAGACGGCAAACAAGAAGCUCAGGUUUCUGAAGGGGAGGAUGUUGCUGAUCGUGCUGCCAGCAUGCUUCUUGGUCUACGGAGUAAUUCCGAUGCAGGCGGCGAGCGUCAAAGAAGGAGAAGAGAGAGCGCCGACGAAGAACGUCGCAAUCGCCGCAUGAGACGCCGCAAUCCUGCAACGAGCGGAAGCAAAGAUAGUGCAGAUGGCGGCCUUCCCACAGUGCAAGAGCCUGCUUCUCCAACGCAGACGGAAUCCAUCGUCACAGAUGAUCCACCCGCAAGCCCACCCGACUCUCAACCCCCGCCUUCAAUUGUCGUCUCAGAGCAGGACGACACAUUAUCACAAGAUCCCCCCUCGGAGGGUUCCUCCCCCCACAAACCAAUCGAUUUGUCGGACUGA